UCGACAUUCAGUCUACUAAAGACAAUCGCGACGAACGGACGUGUUAAACAAAGCUUCAUUAUAACCUCGUGUGUAGUUCCGACUUUAUGCGUUAAAAAGUUUCGAACUCUAAGUUUUCAUGUGAAAAAGUGUUCUCCUUUGUGAGUGAUAAUAUUAUUUUUUUGGUUUUGUCUCCAGUGCGUAAAGUUUUCGAAAAGUUUAUCAUAUCAGAAACAAAAAUACAUGAAGACAAUGUGUUAACAGUGAAGUGAAUUAAACUAACCAAACAUGGCGUUAAUAACUGACAAUACAAAACUAACCGUACUAGUUUUAGUGAACUUUAUAGUUAAAAACAAUUGCCAAAGUGAUUUAAACCAAAACAUUAGUGACUAUACAAAACCAAUAGAAAUAUUAAGAGAUUACGACGAAUAUACAAUAAAUGCUGAACCAAAAGUGAUUGAACCAGAAAGAACGCUUGACACAGAAGAUGAAUCACUAAACAAAUCAAAAGAAGCUGUAUAUAAGACAACUGUACCAACAGAUAGUAUUCAAAGAACAGUUAUGUACGAUGAUAUAUCAGAGACAGACAGAAAUAUAGUUGAGAAAUCAGAUACAGAGUAUGAUAAUAACAGAGAUUGUGUAGAUGAAAAUGAGGAUACGGUUAAAACUACGAUGCAAGACGUCACAGAGACUGCAACGGGUUACACUGUAUCUAUGAUGGAUGGUAACUUCUACAACAGAGACAGCGUAGUGGAUGUUCAAAAUGAGAGCAGAGUCAAUGUUCAAUCAGAGUCCCCUUCACUCGUGGCCACAACAAGGUCCAUGGAUAGUGUGGAGGAGACCUCUCCAAGAGCAGACCAGGAGGACUAUGAGAGCUCAGGGCUGAGGAACCCGAAGACAGAAACCGACAAACAACCCAUAGACAAGCGGAAGAUCGACAAACCCCGUCCUUUACCAGCAUUAAGCAAGAGUUCGACCCUCAAAUCCUGGCUGGAAGACUCCUGGCUCCGACCCCCAGCGGGGAUCCUGGUGCCCUUGCGACCCCUAGCUCUGAACAGGGCUUUGGGGGUCUGGAACGAGCUGGCGAGAGAAGGGGUUAACGUGACUGACGUCGUUAUAGUGGGAUAUGACUCUAACGGUGUGAACUGGCGGUCCCGUCACAACUUGCAGCCUUCCUCAGGUGGUAAUACUGAUCGAGCGGUAGCUGACGCCCUCGCCAAGUUGCUGCUUAAGUAUCAAGGAGUCUAUUCUGAUUCUACAAAUGAUGGGACCAUGCGAGCUUUGGCAUCCGCAGCAAAACUGGUACCAUACGACAGUGCUUUGUUCGUGGUUACUGACAAAGGAGCUGGUGAUCCUCAGAGACUUCCACUGGCUUUAAGGGCUUUAGUGGAGAAGAGGUUGAAGGUAUACACAAUAUGGACGGAUCCGAACCACCCAUCGAUAGAGUCAGAACUGGCCCUCCAGGACUUGAGGAACGUUUCCUCGCACACUGAGGGAGAGGUCCUGCCUUACUCUUUGCAGAUCACCGACACGGAUGGCUCCAGUAACCUGGCAUCAGAAACUGAGCUGCAAGAGUGGGAGCCAAUGGCGAUGCCUGAAACCAGGAGAGCAAGGAUAACCAACCACCCGAACGUCGAUGUUUUUGAUACUCUUCUCACGAGACGCCUUAGUGAAGAAGCCAUAACCCUCGGCAUACCAAUCGAGAAUGGAGUCACUGUUCUGAGGAUAUUCAUCGAAGGAGACGUGGACCAUGCUGUUCUUUACCCACCAAAUGAUGCACCACAAAUAGACCUGUACAACCAGACGUCAGUGAAGCUGUUCUCCAAAACCUCGAAGACCAACAGCCUGACUCCAAGAGACGUCUACCUGGUGUUCCCGGGAGCCACCCUGGAUGUUGACAUGCUGUCGGUGUUGCCAGCAGUGGUGCCCUCGAUCGACACAUCAGCUCUGGUGGGGAUGUGGCACCUGAGCAUCCGCUGUGACACCUGUGACUACAACCUGAGCGUCACUGCACGGACCGACCUGCACUUAUACGUGGAGAUAGAGCCGAGAGACAUCCUAAAACUGCAAGUGACCGGAGCGGCCGCGAGCGUCCGAGAAUCGUCUCUGGUGGACGAAUUUGGCAAUGAGUUGGUCAAACUCCCUUUUAGCUACCAACCAGUGACAGACGGUGACGGCGAUCUAGAAGGUUCUAUGGCAGACAUCAUCGCGGACGUACCUCUACCCACCGUCUCAGCUUCUAAGGUCUAUGUCAAGAUCGUUGGCCGAGAUGUAAAAGGAGAACCUUUCGUCCGGGUAGCAGGCCCAAUACACAAACAGACAGAGGUCCGAAUGGGAAGAUCCGCUUCCAUCAGGUUCCCAGAAACUGUCAACGAUUUGGAAGCGGUGGAGGAAUUGCUCAACAAGGCCUACAACGGCAAGCUGCAAUACAAUGACAGCAACCUGCUGCCGUUUGGACAGGUCAACUCGCAGGUGGUGAAUCAAAGGGGUGCCAUAUUGACAUCAGUUCAAAUCGGCUUAAGUUCAAGACUUUAUGGAUCACCAACGGAUAGAUUACAGUUACACUUCGAAGUCACUAACUUCAGGGAGCAGGCUGUGAGGUUUAACUUCGGAGCGGUUGGGGAACUAAGAUUUUUGACUGGCAUUGAACCUAGCGCACGGACCGUACAAUCUGGCGAGACAGUCAACGUGAUAGUCAGUCUGACUAUAACUUCCAAUGCUCAGGCCGGUGCGAGGGACCUCAUCACUUUUACUGCGUACGGCUUAGAGCAAGUCUCCAUGUCAGCCUACGUGUACGUCAUGAACCCAGGGGAAACCAUAAAGGACGUGUCAGCGCCAGAAGUCAGGCACAACUUCCAGGGGACAUGUCUGGGCAAGCAGGGGAGUGACUGCGCUGAGAACGUCUGGUCUGCAAGCAUUAUUCUCAGGGAUCGGGAAGCAGGUCUCCUACGUGUGUCAUCAUCACCCCUAGGCCUCGUGUUCGACAGCAACUUCAUAUCGGGCACGCGUGAAGAAGUGAUGACCACUUACCGCGCGACAUGCUGCUCGACGCGAGUGCUCAUCAACGCUGUGGAUGCACUUGGAAACACUAACAGUUAUACUGUUGAUAUUUCUAAUUACAUAAACGAGGCAGGGAUCGCGGCCAUAGUGCUGGGCGUUAUUCUAUUAAUAGCGAUAAUAGCUAUCACCAUAGCACUAAUAUAUUGGUGCGUGAAACGGCGCAAGGAAAGCCGGGAACUGCCGUCGUAUGCGACGAGAAAUAUUAGUUAAUAGUUACAUUUUAGUUAAGUUAUUCAAACAAGAAUAAUAAUA